GGAUAGCCAUUGUAGAAAGAAAGUGUAAUACGGAAAUGUGAAACAGUUGUAAGGUAUCGUAAAAAUGACAUUGUUUACAUAUUCAACAGUCCACAGUAUGACAUUAACAGUUCGAGUUUUAUAAUGAAUUUUUCCAAACUGUGUGCUAACGUGGCCGUACCAUCGUGAUAAAAUGUUCAACAUCACAAUUGAUGAGGAACUGAUAAACAUCACAAGUGUAGCAGAGGUGACCAACAAGUCCAGCACUGAGAUCCCUCCCUAUCCGGACAGACCGGAGACUUACUACGUGCCGGUCCUGUUCUCCCUCAUCUUCCUGGUGGGGGUGGUGGGCAACGGUACCCUGGUGGUCAUCUUCAUCCGUCAUCGCACCAUGCGGAACGUCCCCAACACCUACAUCCUCAGCCUGGCUCUCGGAGAUCUGCUGGUCAUAGUCAGCUGUGUACCCUUCACCUCCACGAUCUACACCGUGCCCAACUGGCCCUUCGGCGAAUUCGUAUGCAAGCUCUCCGAGACCACCAAAGACAUCUCUAUCGGAGUCUCAGUCUUCACCCUGACCGCGCUGUCGGCAGACAGGUUCUUCGCCAUCGUCGACCCUAUCAGAAAACAGUUCUCUACCAUCGGCGGCCGCGGGGCGACCAGAGUCACCGUGAUGAUAGCCUCGGCCAUCUGGGGACUCGCGGUCAUCUUUUCCCUCCCGGCCGCGUUCGGGUCGCACGUCAAGGGCAUCAGUCUCAACGACUCCACUCUGGUCGUCUGCUACCCUUUCCCGGACGAAUACGGCUUCAAGUACGCACAAGGCGUUAUCGUCCUCAGGUUCCUAAUUUACUACACGAUCCCUCUGAGCAUCAUAGGCUUCUUCUACGUGAUGAUGGCCCGCCACCUCAUUCUCAGCACUCAUAACAUGCCCGGGGAGCUUCAUCCCCCACAGGCGAGGCAGAUAAGGGCGAGGAAGAAAGUCGCCAAGACAGUUCUCGCUUUCGUCAUUAUCUUCUUCGUCUGCUUCUUUCCCAACCACGUGUUCUUCCUGUGGUUCUACUUCUCCCCCGACCCCGAAGCCGACUACAACGCCUUCUGGCACCACCUCAGGAUCGUGGGCUUCUGCUUGGCCUUCUUUAACUCCUGCAUAAACCCCAUAGCUCUGUACUGCGUCUCGGGAACCUUCAGGAAACACUUCGACAGCUACCUCUGUUGCUGGAAAGACUCGGCCCGCAAGACUCGCUCCAGCCACCGCAAGCGUGUCGGGACUCGCAAGUGGGACUCUACCUCCGCUCCUCUACACCUCCAGAGCACGCUGAGGCGAGCCGAGCGUACCACGGCCACUGGGGAGUGCACCGUCACGACCUUCACGAACGGGGCAGGGGAGAUGUGACAGGCAAGAGGCCGCUGGUCGGCACCUCCCCCUCUGGAGGAUACGUUGCAAACAUUUUCCAUACAACCUCUUCCAUCAUGUGGAAUGUGAUCACGGCAAGGACGCAAUGUGAUUGUGUUUACGAAUG